AUGCCUAUUAUCUCUAAAAGUGGAAAUGUAAGAAUGGAAGAAAAUUUAGUAGAAGAAAAUGUUGAAUACGAUGACUUCAUCCAAGGUGCAAUUGAAGUAGAACAAGGGGAAGAGGAAGAAGUUGUAGAACUAUCUCUAACCUCAAAAGAAAAAUUAGCCAUCUUGCGUGAAGCCCUAAAAAUUGUGGUUAAAAUGGUUAAUGAUAAUGAAAUAAUAAUGAAAUCUUUGCUUAAGAUACAAACCCGCAUCCGUGAGGAAGUUCAAAGAGAAAAGAAUGAAAAGCAGAAAUGGUUACUUCAUAAGAUGAAAGCAAAACUAAUGAAUUUAACAAACAUAUAG